UCCGCCCCUUCAGGUGCGGGAAGUCUGAAGCCGGCAAACAUGGCGGUCACUUACUGCCUCAGCCGGCCUGCGACUGCGUUGGUAGCGGUGUUGCUCUUGUCCUUUGGCAGCGUGGCCGCUAGUCAUAUCGAGGAUCAAGCAGAACAAUUAUUUAGAAGUGGCCAUACAAACAACUGGGCUGUUCUGGUGUGUACGUCCCGAUUCUGGUUUAAUUAUCGACAUGUUGCAAAUACUCUUUCCGUUUAUAGAAGUGUCAAGAGGCUAGGUAUUCCUGACAGUCACAUUGUCCUAAUGCUUGCAGAUGAUAUGGCCUGUAAUCCUAGAAAUCCCAAACCAGCUACAGUGUUUAGUCACAAGAAUAUGGAACUAAAUGUGUAUGGAGAUGAUGUGGAAGUGGAUUAUAGAAGUUAUGAGGUAACUGUUGAGAAUUUUUUACGGGUAUUAACUGGGAGGAUCCCACCUAGUACUCCUCGGUCAAAACGUCUUCUUUCUGAUGAUAGAAGCAAUAUUCUAAUUUAUAUGACAGGACAUGGUGGAAAUGGUUUCUUAAAAUUUCAAGAUUCUGAAGAAAUUACCAACAUAGAACUUGCGGAUGCUUUUGAACAAAUGUGGCAGAAAAGACGCUACAAUGAGCUACUAUUUAUUAUUGAUACUUGCCAAGGAGCAUCCAUGUAUGAGCGAUUUUAUUCUCCUAACGUAAUGGCUCUAGCUAGUAGCCAAGUGGGAGAAGAUUCACUCUCGCAUCAACCAGAUCCUGCAAUUGGAGUCCAUCUUAUGGAUAGAUACACAUUUUAUGUCUUGGAAUUUUUGGAAGAAAUUAACCCAGCUAGCCAAACUAAUAUGAAUGACCUUUUUCAGGUGUGUCCCAAAAGUCUGUGUGUGUCUACUCCCGGACAUCGCACUGAUCUUUUUCAGAGGGAUCCUAAAAAUGUACUGAUAACUGAUUUCUUUGGAAGUGUACGGAAAGUGGAAAUUACAACAGAGACUAUUAAUUUGCAACAGGGUUCAGAAAUCAUGGAAAGCAGCUAUAAGGAAGACCAGAUGGAUGAGGAACCAGUGGAACCUCUGAAAUAUGCUGAACAACUUCCUGUAGCUCAGAUAAUACACCAGAAACCAAAGCUGAAAGACUGGCAUCCUCCUGGGGGCUUUAUUCUAGGAUUAUGGGCACUUAUUAUCAUGGUUUUCUUCAAAACUUACGGAAUUAAACAUAUGAAGUUCAUUUUUUAGAUUUGAUGGUGAGUGAAGAAAGCAUAGAAGACUGCAACCUUGUAUAAUAAUUUAUGUCAUUAUAUAUUUUUAAAAAUGUGUUUCUCUUGUGUGAAUUGGAAAUAAGUAUAAGGAAUCAACUAUUAAUUUUAUAACUUAAAGAAAAAUAAUUGUUAAUGCAAUUGCUUAAUGGCACUAAAUAUAUUCCAGUUUUGUAUUUUGUGUAUUAUAAAAGCAAAUGGAACAAAGAGAUCAGAAUACAUUGAUUGUUUUUGAAAAUAGUAAUUUCCCCUUAUCCCAAAAAAUUGUGAAGACGUUAAAUUCUCACUAACAGAAGUAACUUCGGUUAAUUAUUUUCUGUAUCUCCUCCUAAUCUUUCGACUUAUGCACAUAUUUUUUCCCAAUAUGGAGAUCAUAUAGAAUAUACUAUUUUGUAAUAUCUUUUUUCAUCUUACAAUAUAUUAUCAACCUUUUCCCUCUCAAAAAUACAUUGUGAAUAACUGCAUAGUAUCCACUGUAUGAAUAUUUAAUUCAUUUCACAGUCUUCUAUUGUUUGACCACUUACAUUGUACCAAACAUUUUCCUUUGGUUUAUUCUUUAAUGUAUUAAUAUUUUACUGCUGUUCACUCAUGGAAUCCUGCAACUUUAAUUAAAAGCAAAGAUGAAAAAUUGGUUUUUUAAUCUAUGGCACUGACAGUCUCCAGGACCUUAUAUGUUGUCAGUUUAUUUGGGAAAUUUUAGACCUUUGAUAAUUUCACUUAUUGACUGCUCAAGAGAAACAUACCCCAUUAUUUUUCAUUUGUAAGCAUUCUGUGAUCUUCUAGAAUUGGUCACCUCCUCUUCAUUUUCCACCUUGAAAGAGAGAGCCAACAAGGACUUUAUUUCAUUCUGUUUAAGGUAAAUCUUGCCCACUGUCUGUAUCUAUACUUUCCCUGAGAAAAAUCCCAUAAAGUGGAUGGACCUGCGAAGAAAAUGUAUGCUUAUGGCCUAGCCUUCAUGUCUGGCUGAUGUAUUCUAUAAGGCAGUAAGGCCUUUUUCUGGUCUCUGAUAAGAUGCAAGAACUCAUAUCCCCAUCACUGACAUUUUAGCUUGGAAAUUAUAUUGAGGCUGUGCUAUGACCAACCCCUGAUACUGUUUUUUCUUUUCAAACUUUUGCAUAUGAGUAGAGGAAAAGCCUAAAAGUUCAGCAUUUAUGUCUGGAGGGAUACCUUCAAGUGUCUUACCUGUUUUAUGCAAGAACUUAUGUGUCCAUCUUUAUUCAGUACAAAGAUCUGUUUUAUAAUUUUGUUUAUGAUUGUGGGCAGCAUUAAGAAGACAACUCUUCCUCCACAAGAAAACCUCCUAAAAUAUUCCUUAAGAUUUGUUUUUCCUUUUGCACUUAAAACAUUACCUUUUAAUUGCAUGCAAGAUUGUCAUACUUUUCACAGGCAAAGGAUUGACUGUGUUAUCUCCCUAGUUAGAACAAAUGAUAUUGAGGCUUUUUGCCAGCUCUGAAUCUUUAUUUUAAUUGAUCUUUUUAUUGGUGUCUUAUAUAAAUGAGGAAGGAAAAUUUUGUCUGAUUAUGUGAAGGAUCUUUCUGUAGGUGAGAAGAAGGGAAAAUAAACUUGCAAUUGAAUAGACUGA